GUAAUUUGAUCUGCACUCAUGGAACGUUUUUUGGGCACCUGGAGGCUGGUGGACACCCAGAAUUUCGAUAAUUACAUGAGAGAACUGGGAGUGGACUUUGCAACCCGACAGGUGGGCAACGUCCUAAAACCCACCACAAUCAUCAAAGUAGAUGGUGAUAAUGUUAUCCUGCAAACCAAGAGCACCUACAGAAGCACAGAAAUUAUCUUCCAGCUUGACAAACCAUUCAACGAACAUACAGCUGACAACAGAGAUUGUAAGAAAGAGAAGCCAGUGGGAAGUCUGAUUCAAACCAGCAGCAGGGCAGUUUUGUUUGGACUGAAAUGGAAAGAAAUCUUUUUGUUUCACCAGUGCAAGUAUAUAGGGGUGGAAAAAGCUUUUGAGCUUCGCUUUGUGCUCAAUGAGAAAUGUCAGUGAGUUAGCCUGUAUCUGUAUGUCCCUAUCUCUGGGAGAGAUGUAAAGAAUCAAAUUGCUGAAUGUUUAAAGUUACCGAAAACGAGUGCUUGUGACCUCAUCUGUUGAGAAGUUAAAGAAUGAAGCUAGGAAUGUUGCCUCACUGAUUAAUUGUCUAUCUGUAAAGAAUGUUGCUGGAAAA